AUGGGCCCAAAUUCGAAAGUAACCUUAUUUCCCUGGGAUCCCAACUCGGACCUUCAUCUGAAACGUCUCGUGUCGCAGCGAGUCGAAUGCAGUUGGGACCAGGAAAAGGUUGAGACAAAAUGGAAGAAUCAACAGCUCAAGGGCGAGAAGUGCAUAUAUUGGAUUGAAGAUGAAAUGCUUCAAGACACAGCCACAACAAUUAAUGCUGUCCCACGCCAGCCGACAAAAGAAAGCUUCAUCCCUAUUGGCCACAUUUCACUAGAUUCCAAGAAUCCCGAUGCAGAACACAUUGAGCUUGACCUACCAGCCGAGAACAUCUUCUGGAUCAAGUCAUUCUACGUCAGGCAGUCCAUCCAGGGCCAGGGAAUCGGCCGAGCUGCAAUGGAUGAAGUCGAGGCUAUGGCAGUCAGAGAGCCACUACUAGCCAAGAUAUUGAUGCUAGACACGGUUCAGAAAGAUGACCAGAAGAGAGAAGAAUUUGCGAACGCAACAUAUGGUGGUGUUCCAAAGUCUACGAACGAGGAAUGGUAUGCUCGUCGAGGUUACCAAUUGAUCAAGACUGUGCAAAACUAUUAUCAAGUUGCGGAUAAGAAUGGGAAGAUUUGGGAUACAAAGACCGUUUUUAUGAGAAAGGAUAUUGCAGGGGGUCAAUAA